GCUCAUCGCAGAUCUCAUCUACUGUGCUUGCUUGGGAAACAAAAAGUAUGAUGAGGAAGCAAGAGAGCUGCUGUUUAGACAGAGUACCACAGGAAACAAUGACCGAAGAAAGACUUUUUCAUGACAAAACCCUGAGUAGAUCCCCAGCCAGACCAAAGCCCAUCCCCAAUGGCAACAAGCUCAUGCAACAUAGAGAUCAAAUUCACUCAUCUCCAUCAAAUUCACUUAUUUCUUCUUCCCCUUGGUCUAUUGUAUCUAACGAUGCUUUUAACCAAGACGAGUCUGGAGAAGUCAGCACUCCACUGUCUGAAACAGGAUCCAAUAGUAAGGGUGGCUCGUUUGAAUUUAUGAACUCUCCUCGUACAACAAGAUCUUUUGGUUGCUUCUCUAAUAGUCCAGCUGGUACAAAAGAUCGUGCCAUAGCAGUAGUCCCAACCCCACAUUCCCGUCAAAAGAUAUCUUUAGGCUGGACAACCCCUAGCAAUGAUGCUGCAUCAAUGCCAAUAUCCUCCGCUACUAUCCACAGACCUCAAAAUAUAGACAACCCAAGGCAGGAUAAAACAGGUUCAUAUAAUUCAGACAAGAGUAUCGCAAGUUUUCGAAGCUCACAUCAAAAAUCCACCAGACAAGCACCCGCUCGAUCCGGCAUUGCAAUUGCACGGGCAAAACAAGAAGAGAUGGAGGAAGACGAUGGAUUUCAACUUAUCAGGGCCACUUUUUCAAAUGCUCCUAAAGAAUCAAACUCAAAAAAUGACGCUAGCCUGGAGUGGAUCUCUAGACCACUUACACCUUCUAAAAACUCGCCACAAAAGUACUCUUUUAUAACUACAGCUACAGAUAUACACAUUAAUAACGGAAGUCCAGUAAUCAGUCCCAAAAUAUUAUAUAAGCCGUCCAGAACUUCCAGGCAGAUUUCCUCAUGUGAAACUUCUUGUUCUUCUAGUUCUGUAAAAUCCCACGAUGAAAAUUUAGACUCUGACGACCCUAAUUUUAACGAAGUUUUUGUCCAUACUUCUCCCUCUUCAUUUGCCCCUCCAAUCGAUUCAUUCUUACGUGUUUCCAACCUUGAUCAAUGUACCAUAUAUAGCACGGAUACAGACCCUAAAGCCUUGAGCGCCCAUCAAAAGAAACAUCUCAAGCCGACCCUAAGAAUCGCUACAGACGCUUGCUGCACUCAGAUUUUAAAGCCAACCUUACUCCAAAGUCUUUUACCAAAUACUGUCGCCGAUGGACGAUACGAAACUUUAUUUGAUACUAUUCAAGAUCAGGGUAUUGUCGAUGGGGAAUUGGUCAAGGCUUUGUGGCGCAAGAGCCAUAUCCCGGACAGGAUACUAGGUCAUUUGUGGGAUCAAUGUGAUCCAAGUCACCAAGGUCUACUAGACAAACAGGCAUUUAUUCAAGGGAUGAGAGCAAUUGACGCCUUUUUAUUACAGCACUCACAAGCUGUAAAUCUAUAGAGUGUUAAGCUAAAUUAUUAAACUUUAUUACACU